UGACAAGACCCAGCGCUUCUUCGAUCAAACGGUCACCGACCUCCCCUUCUUCCUCACUCUGGAGCCGAUUGAUCGUUCCCCGGCGUCUCAUCGCCACCGCUCCUCUGCACAUUUCGAUGUGAUGGAGACGGGGUAUGACUUCAUUCUCGGCACUCCGUGGUCUCGUCGGUUCCGCAGCACCGAGGCCGAUUGGGCGACCAACACUCUCGUUCUCGAAACGAAGUGUGGACAGACGUAUCGCGUACCUUUCAUAGGUACCACGGCGAUACCACGCCCCGAUCCUCCUCCUCGAGAGCCGUCAGUGCCCACACCAUCCCCCUCUAUCACCGUCACCUCGCCUCGGCAGUUCGCUCACUUCAUUCGACAGGACGACAUCACCUUCUUUAUGGUGGACGUGACGGAUCUCUUACAAUAUGAUCCACCCUGUCCCGACGCCGAGCUCAUCCCUCUGCAGCCAGAUCCUCCCUCUAUCUCCAUGGUUCCCAUCUCUACUUCCGUCCCUCCGCCGUUCGUCGAGUCCMCCCCGCCGUUGAGCGCUGACGCUGACGCUGAGGAACUCGCACGAUAUACGGCUGACCUGGAGCCCGUAGUCCGUGACCUCAUCCGAGAGUACCACGACGUUUUCCCAUCGUCGUUCUCGUACGCCGGCAUCCCACCGAUGCGUGACGUCGAGCACUCGAUUCAGCUUGUGCCUGACUAUCGUGUUCACCACCAGGCACCCUACAGACUCUCGAUUCCCGUGGCCACCAAACUCAAGCGUCAGCUUGAGGAGCUCCUGAGACUGGGUUUCAUUAAACCCAGCAACUCCCCGUGGGGUGCACCCGUCCUCCUUGCUCGCAAAGCGGAUGAAACUCUCCGUCUCUGCAUCGACUAUCGCGGUCUCAACCGCUACACGGUUAAGAACAGCUACCCCAUGCCUCGUUCCGAUGAGCUGUUCGACCGCCUAGCAAGCAACCGCUUCUUUACGAAGAUUGAUCUUCGUCGCGGUUACCAUCAGAUCUGCGUCGCUGCAACCGACCAGCCGAAGACAGCGUUCCGAUCGCGCUUCGGCCACUACAAGUUUACGGUGAUGCCAUUCGGUCUCACCAAUGCACCCGCCACCUUCCAGAGGGCGAUAAAUGACAUCUUCAGGGACAUCGUGGAGCAGUACGUUCUCGUCUACCUCAACGAUAUCCUGGUCCACAGUCGUACCCUUGAGGAGCACAUCAGACACCUCCGCGACGUCCUUGACCGCUUGCACAGACAUGGCUUCUACGCCAAGCUGAGCAAGUGCCGCUUUGCCCAGCACAAAGUGGAUUUCUUAGGACACUACSUGUCUGACCAGGGUCUCCAYAUGGACGACGCRAAGAUCACUGCUAUUGCGGAGUGGCCYKCYCCCACAUCCGCCAAGCAGCUUCGCAGCUUCCUAGGCCUGACCAGCUACUAUAGUAACUUCAUCCGGGGAUACGCUAGGUAUUCCUACGUCCUUACCUCCACCCUCCUCCGGAAGAACCCACCCUGGGCUUGGACACCACUCCAUGAGGACGUCUUCCGCGCCCUCAAGAAGGCGGUGACAUGCGCACCGGUUCUUCACUUACCCGAUUUUGACCGCCCUUUUAUCCUUACCACCGAUGCGUCAGACUUUGCUGUAGGAGUAGUGCUUUCUCAAGUCUUCCCCUCCUCUCCUGAUUCCUCUCAUCCUCGUAUCCCUCGCUUCCCACCACCUACCCCUACCACUGCUUCCCGACUGACGCCUACUCGUCCAGCUACCGACGAGCCUUCUAUUGACUAUUCUCCUACCAUCGUCGAGGACGACACUGUCGAGUCUCGCUCCGGUGAUUGUCCGAUAGCCUUCUACUCUCGUCUGCUCCUGCCCGCCGAGAUAAACUACACUGCUGAUGAACGUGAGUGUCUGACCUGUCAGGAGGUGAACAGUGCGGACCACCUGCCUUAUGGUUUGCUCCAGCCUCUUCCUAUCCCAGAGGGUCGUUGGCAGUCCAUCUCGAUGGACUUUAUCGGUCCUCUUCGUCCUCCAACCCCUCCCGGUCAUGAUGCUAUCCUGGUCGUCGUCGACCGCUUCACGAAGAGUGCACGCUUUGUUCCGUGCCGCUAUGCCAUCAGUACACAUGAGGUCGCCGACAUCGUGUUCGACCGAGUCGUGCGUGACCACGGCUUACCUCUGAGCAUCAUAUCUGACCGUGACCCGCGUUUUACCAGCCGAUUCUGGCGACGGCUCCACGAGGUAUACGGCACUCAGCUCCGCUUCUCCUCGUCUUACUAUCCUCAGACUGAUGGUCUGACCGAGAUCACGAACAGGACUCUCGGAGAUAUUCUUCGAAAGAUUGUUCGUCAUGACUUGCAGUGGGAUCUUCAUCUUGCCUACGCGGAGAUAGCUUACAACCACGCCGUCUCGCCAACCAGGGGAAUGUCGCCUUACUAUCGCGACCUCGGCUAUCACCCUCGUGUUCCUGGGGACUUCCUUCGACCGUCCGAGAUGCACCCUGACACGAGUUAUCCCGCGCUGGAUGAUUGGGUUGCACACAUGACGUCGAUUAUGAAGACCGCACAUGAGCACAUAGCCGCUUCCCAGACUCGCAUGGCAACACGUGCGAACCGAUCGAGAAUGGAUCAUCCAUUCAAAGUCGGUGAUGAUGUGCUUAUCGACGCCCGCCACUUACAGCUCGAAGCAGACAUGCUUCGCAAGUUUCGGCGUCGCUUCUUUGGCCCAUGCCGCAUCCUCCAGGCCGUCGGUUCUGAUACAGCAUCUAGCCCGGUCAGCUUUCAUGUGAAGCUGCCCGACUACCUACGCCAGGCUCGUGUGCAUGAUGUCUACCACGUCUCCUUACUGCGUCCUUAUCGCAGACCGUCUGAGCGUUUCACUGGACGACCAUACGAGCGCCCUCAACCCAUCAUGGUGGACGGACACGAGGAGUUCCUCGUUUUAGACAUCAUUGGUCGCCGAGUCACCGACGACAACCCUCCCCACGUCGAGUAUCUCGUAUGUUGGAAGGGUUACCCUGAUGAGGAGGCUACCUGGGAGCCCCUCGAGCACUUGCAGCACGCUCGCAUGUUGGUGCGUGCCUAUGACCAUGCUCGUCGUGUUGGGUUCACUGCUCCUCCUCAGCCCACUGACCCUCCUCCUUCUCCUCUGGCUGAGGAGACCGCUGAAGUCGAGCCUGCUCCAGCUGAGGCAGACCUUCAGCAGCAGCCGGAUGCUUCUGAGUGUCCACAGCGCACUCGUCGUCGUCCUGCUCGAUACGACGAUUGGCUCGUACUUACCUUCCCACGUCUUCGACUUCUGAGUACUCCAUCCACAUCAGUUUUGCUACUUCAGCCCGUCGACGCUGCGGCUCUUCCUCGACGACAUUCCGGACUUCUCAUCGUGGACGUCAUCGACAGCUUCAUGGACUUCAUCACGAUCAGCUCYGCCUACUUCAGACGUCGCCACUCUCUUACCACUCUACCCUGUACAGUACCUUGCUGGUGUCGCAUGAUGGUCUCCCUUUAGCCGGGUUCCUYUGAGUUGGGCUCUCCCUUGGUAUACGCAUAGGCAUCGGGACCGUA